AUGGCCUGGCUCCAGCAAACACCAGGCUCUGGGGGUCGCGCCGCGUCUCCAACAGUCUUCGAGCAGCAGCGCGAGGAACUCGUCCGAGAGAUCGCAGUGGUAUGUACCAUGCCAACGAACUCCUGUCGCACUCGGGAACCCUUAUCAGCCGCCGCAAUCGAUGUUAAUUUAUUCGAGCAGGGUAUGGAGCAAGUCCUUCAAAACAUGAAUCGUCUGAAUCGGAAUCUGGAGAGUGUGAUUGCGGUGGGGAAUGAAUUUGGAUCAGUGGAAGCUCUCUGGUCCCAGUUUGAGAAUUUUAUGGGCCGGCCUGAAGAGCAAGGCGAGGAGGCUGGCAAUGGCAACGAAAAGCGGAAGGUUAGUGGGGAGAGUGAUGCGAGUAAGUCGGGAGUGAAGCAUGAAGACGACGAGGGUGACUCGACAGUCAUGCAGUGA